AUGUCUGAGAUGAAGAUGGGUGUGCGUGCUGGGAGUUCACAAGCAUGGCACAAGGGAAACCAUGUAACCGACUCUCCGACCCAUGGAAAAAGGAGAUUUGCUAAAACUGUGUCGUCUAAUAGGGUUUGCUUGGGCGAUGAUGAUAUGACAUUGCCUGGACAUGGGCACCUGGGUACCGGCAACGGAGUCCAAAUGCUUUUCGUGGUGCCCAUGACCAAGGAGGCCAUGUACAUACAUCUGGCCAAGCUCUCGAAGUGUUUUGGGACGACUCAUAGCCGAGACGGACUACAUCUAUCUGAUACAUCAGACGGUAUUCACAAAUCGCCAUUUGCGCCUGAUUACCCCCAAGUUGAGCUUGUGGGUGUUAUCCCGGAUGGCCCCUAA